UCUGACAGUUCCACGGUUUCCUCCUAAUACAGGUUUAGCAUUGCUCGACAUAAUCGAAACCUGUUCUCUCUCAGUGCCAAAGACACGGCCGGUCAUCUGAACGCUGUCAGUUUCUGUCACCGCCGCGUGGAAAAGACAUAUCCUCACAUUUAAUCGUCCUAGAAAGGUAGUAAACGAACGAGCGGUUUUAAACGAUGAGACAUGAUCGUAAAUAAGACGCCGGUAGCGGUUAGCAUUAGCUUAGCUUCAUGAACAUCACAGCACUGUCGUGUUAGCUAGCGCUCAUAAUGCGACAUAUGACUAAUAUCACGCAACAUGCGUCUUUGACAGGGCGGAUAUAACGAUAUAGAUGUACAUAGACACAGAUGAGCCAAUUCGGGCGUUAUUUGUUUAGAUGUAAUAGCUGUUUCUAGGUAGUUGAGGUAGUGGAUUAGCUGCAGUGGUGAGGAUGGAGGCUCUUCGUGGAGGUGUGUGUUUACUAGGAUUUGCCAGUCUCACACAAGCUGCUCCAGUCUCAAAUACACACGCAGCAGAGGCUGCUGGAUAUGUGGAUUUCUCUCUGAUCAUCCCGCUGCUGUUGUCUCUGGCUGUGUCGGUGGCCCUUGUGGUACUGCUGCUCAACUGUGCUUCCUGCUGCAAAGAGCAAGAGAUCAACUUUAAGGAGUUUGAAGACCACUUUGAGGAUGAGGUUGAUUUCACACCCCCAGCAGAGGACACCCCCUCUACGCAGUCGCCUGCGGAGGUUUACACACUCGCUGUUCCACCUGUGCCCCUCCCUGGACCCCCUCACCUCCAGUUGCCCCGGAUAACAGACGUCUCAUCAGGUCCUCGCGUGGCUCGACACUCUCUCAGUUACAUUCAGGAGAUCGGGAACGGCUGGUUUGGAAAGGUUCUGCUCAGUGAGAUCUAUGUGGACCCUGGAGUCGCCCAAGCGGUUGUCAAAGAGCUGAAGGCCAACACCAGCUCCAAAGAGCAGAAUGAGUUCCUGCAGCAGGGAGACCUGUACAGGGUUCUUCAGCAUCCCAAUAUACUGCAAUGUCUUGGUCAGUGUGUGGAGGCCAUCCCUUUCCUGCUUGUUUUUGAGUAUUGUGAACUGGGGGACCUGAAGAGUUACAUUUCUCAGCAUGAAUGGCUGUACAGAAAUGGAGAACUGCUACAGCUGCAGAAAAUGGCCUGCGAGAUCGCCGCUGGGGUCACUCAUAUGCAUAAACACAACUUCCUGCACAGUGAUUUGGCUUUGAGGAACUGCUAUCUCACAACAGACCUGACUGUCAAAGUAGGAGAUUAUGGCAUUGGCCCUUCGAGUUUUAAGGAGGAUUACAUCACCACAGAGGACGACCAAUGUGUGGCACUGCGCUGGCUUGCCCCUGAGCUGAUUGGUGAGCUGCAUGGGGGUGUGAUCACAUCAGAACAGACUAAACCCAGCAAUGUUUGGGCACUGGGUGUGACAUUGUGGGAGCUGUUUGAAGGUGCAAAGCAGCCGUAUCCUCACCUGUCAGAUAGAGAAGUGCUCCACCAUGUGCUCAAGGAUCAACAAGUCAGACUUCUCAAGCCACAGUUGGACUUGCCAUACUCCGAAAGAUGGUAUGAGGUUCUACAGUUUUGUUGGCUGCCUGCAGACAAGAGGGCCACUGCUGAAGAGGUCCAUCGCCUGCUCACUUACCUCCGUAUGCAGGGUCAGAAAGAUGUGGAGGAUGACUUCGAGCAGCGCUGGAGCUCUCUCAAACCCAAUCCCACCACUCGUCAAGCCACUGUCAGUCAUUCCUCCUUCCCCAUCCUGGAGCAGUUUGAUGACGGCCGAGAACCAGACGAGGUGCUCACAGUCACCGAAACGAGUCGCGGGCUGAGUUUUGAAUAUGUGUGGGAGGCAGCCAAGCAUGACCACUAUGACAGCCACAAUCGCUCUGCAAUGGACACUACUUUGAAUUACCACAGUAUGUUCUUUCCAGUGCCACGGCAAGAUAUUCAGGCUAAUUUCCCUGACACUGUAGCGCAAGCAGAAAAUGGCAGAGUCCCGGAAACCUUGCCAGUGUUUGAUGCACAUAAAGCAUCAUCUGGAAAUGACUACUUUAUUAAGUUGGAGGAGCUAGAUGAGAGCGAUAUUGGGAUGGGGGAAAGUCAGGGUGCUGAAGGUACCAAUGCUUCAGAGCAGCAUCAGUAUGUAGUCUUACAGGAUGUCCGAUUGGAUGAAUCCAGUGCAGAUGCUGAUUUCUUCCAUCAGAGCAUUGACUCAAAAGACUCGUUCCUUCAGGACAGCCACAUAUGGUCCUCAAGUGAACAUGAGAGCCCUUACCAUACUAACAUCUUCAGUGAGGGUGAUGCAAAACUGGAAGAUUCUCAUUCAUUCACGGGAGGUUUUAUGGAGCUCCCAGAGAUGAAUGUACCGAAGAGGGAUUCUGAUGGUGGAGCCAAUGGGAAAGAGUCAAGUGACAGUUUUCAGAAGUCUUUUUUAGGGGUCGGACCAGAAGCCAUUCAUCUGGAGAUCUCUGAUCAGGAGAGCUCAGAUGUAAUGAAGCUUCUUAACACUGAGAAACUGACUGAAAACUUCUUGUUUCUUAAAGAUAACACCCUAUUGAAGGACAAGUCACAGUUUGAAUCAAAAAAUAUCCAGGAGACCAUGAGCUCCGUCACUGAGACUGAUGUCUCAGAUAGUGUAAACCUCACAGGUGAGUCUUUGAAAUCAGCCGGGAAUUCUGCACAGCUUAAGGAUGAACUCUUGGACUUAGUCAGCCCGAUUUUAGAUGAUUUUCUGUCGCCUUUGAAAGGAAACGAAACAAUGGUGCCUUUUGAUAUAUUAGUAACAGGACAAACCUGUAGCAACCACCUGCCAGACACAAAUGGCUCUUUGCGUUCCCCAAAAUCUGGGAAUUACUCCUCUUCUGAUUCUACCUCUGAGAGUGUUGAGGUCAUUGUUGACAGUCCAUCUGAUAGUCAUCAGUCCCUUGAAAGUGCCACUACAGAUACACAGCAUAUGUGCAUAGAUGCCAAACCCCCCAGCCUUGAAGAAUGCUUUGAAGCCUCAAAGGAGAAUGGGCAGUAUCGAGGAAUCAGCGAUGCAGCUGAGCUUAGCUUUACUACUUCUCCUGCUGGUGAGUGUACAGAAGGUGGCUUCACUGAAGCUCUAACAAGUAGUGACUCAAUGAGUGAUAUAAUGGAGCUGGACAAGAAAGCGGUCAACGAUAUUCCACCAUCAGAAGCCAUCGAUCAAGAUCAAGAAACUUUAUUGGACAACCUUGAAACUCAGGACAUGUCCUCACUGUUGGUUUCAGAUGUCUGUCUUGACCAAAUAAGUCAGGACAGCCUUCUUGAUGAUAGCACCUCUUCCACUCUUCCAACCAUUGAGAAUUCGGCUGAAACGCCAGAUUCAUUAGAUUCUUUGGACGUGUAUAAGGAUGUGGUGCAUGGACAGUCAUUGGAAACCCCUGUUAAUAAGCUUCAACCCCCGUACAAAGCAGCUGACAGUGGGUAUGAAACAGAAAACCUGGAGUCACCUGAGUGGAACUCUCAAACAAGCUUGAGGGAUUCCUCCGAAGAGAAGGAGAUGGGAAGUGCCGAGGAGCCUGCGGCACUGGUUCCACCAGAAAUGAUCAUUUUUGAGGUGGACACUGUACCUGAUGUUCAGGUGAAUGGUGGUAGAGUUGAUCACCAACAAGAACCUGUUGAAGUUCCCUUAGGUGGAAACUACCGAGACUCUGCUUACUUCUCAGACAAUGAGGAACUAGAUAAGAAGAGUGAUGACAUCAGUGGAAGCGGCCCUGGAGAUGCUUCAUUUUGGCUCCAGAGUAAUCGAGAAGCUGACGAAAGUCAAGGAACCGAAGCUGUUGAGGAGCAUUCGGUGUCCGAGACUUCCCCAGAAUCUGGUGAUGUCCAGGCUGUUCUUCCUGAGUUGGUUCUAACCACUGAGGAAGAUUGGAGCCAGGAAAAACCAUUGACUGUUGAUGACUCAGACCAAACUCAUCCCCAUGCAGCCCCGGAACAUGCAGCAAAAUCCACUACCUCCAUGCAGCCCUCAACAGACGUCAUGGUCCAUGCAAAACUAACAAGAACGUAUGCUGGGGAGGUAACUAAGAAGAAGAAGCCAGAUAUGGAGGGGAGAUACUUAGGCAAGCUUGAUGGAUCUUCACUGGAAUACGGCACCGAGGAUGGGAUGGAUGCUGAUGAAGAAGAUGAGAACAGUGAUGAGUCAGAUGAGGAUAUGCGUGCCUACCGAUUACACAGCUCUAGCUCUGAGUGCAGUGAGGAUGAUGUUAUGCACCCAGUACCUGUUAUCAUCUCAGACGACAGCAGCUCCCUCAACCUCAAAGGCCUGCUGAAACCCAAAUCCCUUCAGACUGCUAAAGCAACAUUAGAAGAGGGCAGCAAUGGAGAUAAUAGACGCGGAGUGUCAUUCUUUGAUGAUGUCACCGUCUACCUUUUUGACCAGGAAACCCCAACAAAGGAACUUGGUGAGCAUACUCUUGACCCCAGUAGUCAAUUGUCUGAUUUCAGCAGUCCAGUGGCCUCCUCCAGCUACCUUAAUAGAUUUACCAACUCUGAGAGCUCCACCGAUGAAGAAGGUGGUGCAUUUGAGUGGGAUGAUGACUUCUCAUCUCCAGGGCCCAAUUUCCUUUCAAAGGCAGCCAGUGAUCAUUCUGCCAGUAGGCCCGGUGGGACUUCAGCAGCUUCUAAGUAUUUCUCACCACCCCCUGCGAACCGCACCCUGGAGCAGAGCUGGAACAGUCCCUCCAACUACUCGCGCUUCUCCAUCUCCCCAGCCAGCAUCGCCAGCUUCUCCCUCACCCACCUCACAGACUCCGACAUUGAGCAAGGGGGAAGCGGUGAAGAUGGAGAGAAAGAUUAACCAAUCUGUCAGACUCAUAAAUAUUGGAGAUAUGUCAUGGAUGUCUUUGAUUUGAAGGCUUUGAUUGCUUCUCAGGCAGCAUUGGUAUUUAUUUGAGGAUAUGAAGGGGACUGCAGAGACUGAGCUGAUGUCUGGAUUUCCAUGAACUAUGAUUUGCUAUGUUUUUCAUCAGUGCAAUUUGGAGGAACCUUGCUUCACAUAUGCUUUAGAAACUUCCACGCGCUUCCUAAGUGCCAUGCCUCACUUGUUUUCUUUUGCUAAAAUGCAUUUCUUCAUUGUGUCCACAUUUUACGCCAGAAGGAUGAAGCUGAAGUUUAUCACUCAACACUAAUGAGCCAAUAGACUCGAACUCAGUUGUGCAAUUGAAAUCGUAUAAUACUUGCCUUUUAUUUUAACACACUGGAUUUUAUUAGAUUUUUUUUUAAUGUGAAAUCUAGUGUGACGAGCUUAUUUAUAUGAUCGUGAAAUGGAUUAGAUGUCCAAUAGAAGCAACAUGGGUCUCCACAGAUAUUUUUGUACAGUGUUUGGACUACUCGUUGAUAACAACCAUCCACUUUCUCCCAAGCAACAACUCGCAUAGUUCCAGUGACGUGAUGUUUUGUAUUAAAAGAUGUAGAAGUCAGGAUAUGGGCAGCUGAAGGGUUUUGGACAUGAGACGCUAGUAACCAGUGCCUCACAGCCCCUCUCCUCCCACAUUGUGCUGUGCAAGUUUUUUUCAUUCAGUACAAAGGGGAUCUAGAACAUAUCCAGGUCAUAUUUCACCCCAAAAUCAAAAGAAACAACAACUUCUUUAAAGAAAAUGAAGCCUAUUUUUAGAAUCACAAUCAAGUUUUUUUUCAUAGUGGCAUUAUUUUCAAGACAGUUGUGCAUAUUUUCCCCCACAAAUUCUUAUUACUGUAAUGUGAAAACGAGUGAUAUCUUAUUUAAAUUGUAAAGUGUUUGUAUUAUAAUGGUAGUUUUUGUUUCACUGAAUUGAAAUAUGAAUGAUAGAAUUGUGGUAAUGAUAUUAACAUUGAUAUUUUGCUAAAUAUAAAAUUUUUUCUCUCUAGAUUUUGGAUUGAAAUGUGAUCCAGACACUUUUUGUGAGAUUCAUCAUCAUUGUUGGCGGUAAAUUGAACGACAUGUUCAGCAAGUAAUUAUGAAAGCUCUGGCGGUCAUAGAGACUAGCUAGCAACUAGCAGAUCUUCCAAAGGCAAUGGCUGCUUGUAGCAUUGAGUAGGAAAACUAUUCAAAGGAAAAACAAAAGAACCUCUUUAAGUUUCUGAUUCCCUUGUGUUAACAUGAAAGAGCAGCUUGUAAACACUCAAGGGAUGGGAAAUGAAAUUUUUUUUUCCUUCAUUUUUUUGGUGCACAUGUAUUAUUCAUUGGACCUGAAAGGUAAUCGUCAUAGGUUGUAUGAAUCAUUUAUAUUUGCCUGUCUUGCUGCUCAUGACGCUUUUUUCUUUGGGUUGACAGUAACAGAUAAACUAAUGUAUAUAGUAGAAAUCAAAUCGAGGUGAUACUUCACAAUCAGAACGUUCAACAUCAUUGGAUAUUUCCUUUGUUCCGUCUGGAAGAAUGUUGAUUUUGGUAUGAUGUUGCAUAAUUGGGGGAGAGAUUAUUUGGAGAGGUUAUCGCUGGAAUAAUCGGGUGCAUAGCUUCUACAUCCCCUUGUAAUUCAGUACAGUGAUCUCUAUGUUUUAGACCUGUUGAAUAUCUGUAUUACCAGCACUUGAUUUCAGUUCAACUUGACAUUUUAUGAAAGGAAAUUCUUUGGUUUUAUUCUACAGUAUACUUUGCUUAAUCUUGCACAUCUUUAAAGUGUAACUUCAUGUUGUUCUCCUGUAUAUAAUCGUUUCAUUUUGUCUGAAUUGGGAACGAUGCGAGUAGGUACGAGGACUGAUUUUGUAAUUUAAAGCUAAAAUGUGACGUCACGGGUGAGAAGUGAUCGAAAAAGACAAAUUAUUGAUGAAAUAAAUGGGGAAUUUAUGCAGGUCAUCAUGUCCUUAUAACUUGUACAUUUUAAAAAAUGGUGAUAUUUUUACUUCAUAUUGAUGAUGAUCAUGCCUAGUGUCAUUGAAGGAAUGGUUUAUAAAAUUAAGUGCUCCGUUUAUUAUGGAAUUAAAUGACAAUGAACUUCUAUGUCUUGUUUUAAUUCU